AUGGAAAAAACGCAGUGCGAAAGUACCUUUUGUGAACAUUAUAAACCAUUGCUAGUGGAAGAAAUCGCGCUUGUGGAAAAUCCUGCUGACCUUCACAAUGGAAAGUGUUCGGUGAUUGGAACACUUGCCUGUACCGAUAACAGGUUAGUGUCGCUGAGAGUUCCAGAUCUUCCGAGCGAGAUGCAGCUUCCUGACGGAGCUUGCAGUGUUGAGCUAUGUUUUAAUAUUUACUGUGGGAUUACUCCGAGAGGGAAACACGUCGAAGUAACCGGUAUCCUAAAACUGCGCAACACGUCUACUGGAGUCACGACUGAUUCAGGUAAUUUGCGGAGCACAUUAUUGUGUACGGGUGAGGAAGAAUUCAAACAACAGGAUGCAGAAGUAAGCUCCAUUUAUAUACCAUAUAUUGAGGUGCAUCAUAUACGAACCAUUGCGCAUGCAAGGGAACUAAUUUCUUGCAAUCUAGAGUUAAGGAAGCUUAAUUUAUUAAAUAUGAUAGAACACUGA